AUGCUGAGCAGCACUGAUGGUAUAGAGAUGGUGAAGGGAAGGGAAAAGGUGGUGGAAGUGGACCUGUCCAGUAACAAUAUUGAGUCCUUUGGUCUCGCCAACGGGUUGCAGUGGCGUAGUCUUCUCGUACUCAACUUGGCAUCGUGUAUGUUAUCGAAGCUCUAUAGGAUUGAGUGGCCACCACAGUUGAGGCAUUUCAUCGUCUCCAACAACCGUCUGAAGCGGUUCGAUUGUGCUCUACCGAAGACGCUUGAGAGUUUAGAGUGUCAGCAUAAUCGAUUGGAGACCUUGGAGGAAGCCGAAGGGUUGAAGAGACUAAGUCGGUUGAAUGCUUCCCACAAUGCCCUCACGUGGGGGACGGUACGUGAUGCUUUGCGGUCACUGUCGGGCUUGGUCGUAUUGGACUUGGGAUACAACCCCAUCGAUAAAAUAGAGGUAGGCGUCUUCGUGCGAAUCCGCGGACUGCAGGAGCUCACUUUGGAUGGCUGCCGCUUGAAGAGCCUCGGGUUCGUUCCAGAAGGAAACGUUCUGUCGGUCCUCUCUGUGGCUUGUAAUCGUCUAAAGGGUAUCCAAGGCCUCCCAGUAUGUGAGCGCCUCACUGAGCUGUACUUGUCCAGCAAUCGCCUGUCGACUUUGAGGGGGUUGGCGAGAGCGUGCCCGAACGUAGAAGUGCUGCAACUGAUGAACAACAAACUGGAGGAAGGCAGGUCGGUAGCUGAGGAGCUGACCGCUCUGAAGGACCUCGCUGAACUUACGCACAAGGCUUGCACCGCUGCUGUCAGCGUCUGUCAGUCUUGGAUGGGGUCAUCUUGGGAAGGAAGGAUACCAAUGAAAGAGAGGUAG